AUGGGGCCGUCGAUGGAGGAGGAUUACAGGAUGCAGGACGCCACCUUUUGCAGCUGCUUCCAUGUGUUCAUGGCGCAAAUAAUCGCCGUCAUCAACAACAACAAAAACAAGAUGGCAGGACAGGAUCAGGACGACAGGAUUGGGUCCCCGGUUCCUGAGGACACCAGAGGGUAGCAAGGGAUAGCACGGGAUAGCAGGGGGUGCAAAGAUGAGUUGAGAGACGUUGACGCUGACGCCAUUAGCACCGAGUUUUGCAGCAUCAACGACAAACUUUAA